AUGAAAGAAUUUAUGCCAUUAAUGAAGUAUUAAAAUCGUUAUAUAGUCCAAGCACUAAAUCUAUUCAACAUACAAAAAAUAAUGAUAAGUAUUUGAGAAUAAUGAAUUUUUUCCUGUUUUAUGCAGCCUUUCCUCAGAUCGCAAUUUUAAGAAAGGAAAAGACAUUACUUGGAAAAGACCUAAUCAAUUUUUGUAGCCUGGUUCAAUUAACUUGUUUGAUGUAAAAAUCUCUAUUAAUCAAUAGUCAAAUAUCCAAUGCAUAUUAAAUAAGGUGAACUUGCUAUUUUUAAGUUUCUUAUCUAUAUUGGCCCCUUUUAAAUCAAGAAACUAUUCAUAAAUCAAGAUUAUUAAUAAAGUAGUACGAGUAGUACCUAAAUUUUAAGGCCUUUAUGGAAUUUAAAUGUGUAUAAAUGGAUUUUGGCAAGAAAUUGUUGUGGAUGAUUAUAUUCCUUGCAGUAUAGGUCCAAUAUUCUCAAGAGAAGAUAGAAAUUAAUUAUAGGUGCUUCUGUUGGAAAAAGCUUAUGCUAAACUAUCUAGGUCUUUUACAUGUUUUAGAUAAAUUUUAACAAAUUAUAAAAUAAUGUGUUUAAGAAAAUAAUCAAAAUUUUUAAUUUGAAUGUAUAAUUAAAUAUAAUCAAGUAUAGUAGGUUGCACCUUAAGAGAUUUAAUUGAAGUCCUAAUAAAUAUUUUAUUAGAAAUGGUGAAACAUAAUAAGAUAUCAAUUAAAGUUCAUAGAAAAAAAAUUUCAAACAAUAAUACAUAUUGGCGACAUCUUCACUAAAAAAAGAUUAAUAGCAUUAUUAUGCAAUUUUUGAUAUACAAAAGGUUACUGAAAGUGAUGGAAUACCAGAUAUAAUCAUUAAGAUAAGAAAUGUAUAUCGUUUAAUGUAAAUUUGAAUAGACUUGGACUAAAAAAUAAUGGACAAAAGACUGGAGUUAUUAUUCUGUAAAAUGGACACCAGAACUUAGAUAGAGAUAAUUGUCAAAAAAGGACGAAAUGUUUUGGAAAAAUGAUGGAAUAUUUUGGAUGAGCAUUAAAGAUUUUUUAACAGAAUUUAGUGAGGUUUGUGAGUUGCUAUCUAUUAUGAAAAUAAAGAAUCUAGUACAUAUUAAGAAACGAUUAAAUUUGAAGUCAAUAACCUAGAAGGGAUAGGGAUAGAUAUCUCCAAAGAUGUAGUCUAUAAAAAAAUUCCUCCUGGGUAAUCAAAACUAAUUUAAUUACAAUCUAUAGAUACAAGCAAAACUUACUCAUAAAAAUAAUGUGUAUAUUUUAAGUUAAUAUGAGUAAUAAUAUUACAUUCAUCAACAAUUAAUCAAUAUUUUGAUCUUUUAUUAAUUUAUUUUGUAUUCGUAGUGUUUAAUAGGUUAAAGAAGUUCAUAAACAAUUUUAUAAAUAAAAGCUUAAAAUCAAGAUUUAUAAUAGUAUUAUUUGAUAUAAGUAUUAAGAUACUUAAAUAGGUUUUUCUUGAAACUUAUAUUGAUUGGAAAGUAUGGAUGUCAAAAUGGAAGAAAUUUGAUUUUGAAAGAUAAAGAAAUUAAUUCGUUACAUCAAAUACUCAUAUGA